AUGGCCUCCGCUGCAGCAUCACCCACCCCCUCACUGGAGAAGCAAUUGCAAUGCUCCAUCUGCCUAGAUCUAUUUAAGGAUCCCGUCACUACAGUGUCGUGUGGCCACUCUUUUUGUAAGGAAUGUUUGCAACGUUACUUUAGCCUCAGUGUUCAAGCGUGCCCACUAUGCAAGAAGCAUCUGAUGAAAACCCCAGAGUCGAACAUCGUCCUGAGAAGCAUUGUCGAACAGGUGAAAAAUAUCCCGGAGGAAGACGUUGAGAAGUACACCGGGGCGCCCGGCGAAGUGGCCUGUGACAUUUGCACAGAACGAAAGCUCAAGGCUACAAAGUCCUGCCUUGCAUCGUAUUGUUUGACCCACCUUGAGAAUCAUUCUUCAACUGAAAGGUUGAAGGGCCACAAGUUGGUGCAUCCUGUCGAGAACCUGGAUGAGAGGGCCUGUCUGAAGCAUGGACGGCCCUUGGAGCUGUACAGCAGAAAGAGGGAGAAAUGCAUUUGUGUACGCUGUUUGGAAGAAGAUCAGGAGGAGGUUGUGUCUACUGAACACGAAUGGGACAAGAAGAAGGUCAAGCUUGAAAACACAAAGGCAGACUUGCAAGAGAAGAUUAAGAAGGGGAAAGCACUGGUGGAUGAGAUUAAUACAUCUCUAAAUAGCUGCAAGGACCAAAUGGACAAAGAGUGGUGGGAUAUUGAGGGUGUGUUCAGCGCUUUGAUUGCCAAUGUGGAGGAAGCCCAAGCUGCGGCUCUUAAGCCACUAAAGGACAGAAGGGAGGUUGUGGAGAAAGAUGCAAAAUACAUCAAAGAGAAUUUGGAAAAAGAUAUUAGAGAACUUGAGAAAACGGUCUCUCAGCUGGACGAUAUAUCUGCGCUUGAAGAUCACACCUUUUCCUUCAGGUACCCAUCACUUCAAGAGUUGGACUUCAAAGACUCAAUGAAGGUAGAGCUUAACACAUCAGUGUCUUUUGGCACCAUAAGAAAGACCACAACAGCCAUGUUGGAACAAUUUCAACAGCAACUGGACAAGCUGACCUCCAUUGAACCCAAGAGGAUUCCCAGAUAUGCAGUGGAUGUAGAGCUGGACCCAACCACAGCCCACCAGUACCUUGUGCUUUCCCCCGAUGGAAGAGAUGGAGGGAAUAUCAAAAACAAAGGUUACUGGGUAGUCGUGCAUUACGAAGACAAAAAGUACGCAGCCCUGACAGUACCACCAGUCAGCCUCCCCUUGAAAGAGAAACCUGAAAAGGUCGGAGUGUUUGUGGAUUACGAGGAACGUCUCGUGUCCUUCUACGAUGUGAUGGCUAAAUCUCACAUCUACACGUUUACCGAGUGCAUGUUCAGCGAUCUGAUUCCUCCAUAUUUCAGUCCACAUCCUAAACAAAAUGAGAAAAACUCCCAUCCUCUGAUUAUCUCUCCUGUGAAGAAGCAGUUGUAGUUAUAUGAAGCGAAUAGUUACCGGUGCACUAAAAGUUCAAAUGCACCACUCACUGUAAAUAUCAGUACAGGUGUACAUGAUAUUUCAUGAGACUACCAAAGGGUUUACAUUUUAGGGUUUUGGCCUGGGCAUCUGAGAUUGUCUACGAUUAGUUUUACGUGUUAAAUAGUUUGAAUUUAAACUUUUAAAAUGAUUACUGUGUGUACCUACAUUAUCCUUAAUGAUAUUUUAAUAAUUUCCUAAGCCUUGAAUAAUCAGUAACAGUUUGUUCACUUCGGUCACUUCAAAUGGGUUGUAGGCUAUCCCCUUUCGGUAUGAGUCAGCAUUGUGGUCGUCUCCUGCUAGCUGUCAUAAAUGGACUCUCUUUUAGUUUUCAGGUACAUUUUUGAAGUUACACUUAUUAUAACUUGUUCGUUUCUAACCAUACUUUUUAACUAAAUGGAGAAUUUCUGUUAUCAGACAUGUGUAUCUUAAGCUAGCAGACACACUAGCUAACAUUAGCAGGAGCAGAAUAGCAUCCAAAAAAAACUAUUUUUAACUUCAAGCUACUUUAAUCUGUGUUUCCAUCAGUCAUUAUAACAAAGACUGUUUAUUGUUUAGAGUAGGACACUGUGGAGUCUAUUUUUAUAUAACAUUAAAAGAUGGAUUCUUAUUAUUACAUUAUAUGCUUAUUGUGCUCAUGAGAUGUUGCUAUGACUAUGGAAUAAAUAGACACAAUCACCAAUCCCAGGUUCUGAUGGGUUGGUUACGAAACGAAGAGAAAAGUCAUAGAAGAAAGUUUUAUAUAAUAAAUUAUACAUAAAUGUACGGGCAGAGGCCUGAAUAAUACAAAUGUAUGACCACACAAGGUUCAAUGCUUCUUUCCGGAAAUAGAGUUACAGAUUACAGCUCUGCUGCCUGUGAUUUAUUUGACUUAAUGGAGUAUUGGUCAAGUGAAAUAUAUAUUUUGCUCUCUUUUAAUACAUAGUUAAACUUAGAAGUUGUUUGAAACUGCUAUUGACAUGUGCAGAAAAUGACCUUAUAUCUAGUUUUCAUAUAUAUAUGCAUUUAUUUAUGUUUCCCCUUGUUUUUCUUUCUUUCUUUGUACUCUUUAAUUUCUAUACGUUUUUGACGCAACAAUGCCAAUGUUAUAUUAGGAUGAUUCACAGGAGGGCUACUUCCCAUAAGCUCUAUGCUUCAGCCCUCCCGCUUCUACUAAUUUUGUUUAUCUUUGUGUGUAUGAAUUAUACUUUUUUCUUUUUUGGAUGAAUUAAUAGAAUAAAUAAAUAAAAAAAGAAGU